GCUCUCUCGGCCCUCCAACGACACCGACUCUGUUGCUGGACGACGCACCUAUCCGACAGAGCAGCGAGCCCGCAUCCUCCUUCGCCCCUCUCCUCCCUCUCAUAGAGCCUCCGCAGCAAGAGUCAUAGUCCUUCACGAUGCGUCUGGAAAAGUGCUACUUUUGCUCGAGUACCAUAUACCCUGGUCACGGCACCAUGUUUGUGCGGAAUGACUCCAAGAUCUUCCGCUUCUGCCGCUCGAAGUGCCACAAGAACUUCAAGAUGAAGCGCAACCCCAGAAAGGUCCGAUGGACCAAGGCCUUCCGUCGGGCGGCCGGCAAGGAAAUGACAAUCGACUCGACUCUUGAGUUUGAGAAGCGUCGCAAUGUCCCCGUCCGCUACGACCGCGAUCUGAUGAGCACCACCCUCAAGGCCAUGAAGCGGAUCGCCGAGAUCAAGGCCAAGCGCGAGAGAGUGUUCACCAAGAAGCGCUUCCUCGCCAACAAGUCCAAGGAGAAGAUGCAAAACGUCCGCGAGAUCCAGAAGAACAUCGAGCUGGUUGCGGCCCCCGAGCUGCGCAAGAAGAUUGUCGAGCACAAGAUCCUCGAGGAUCAGUCGAGAGAGGACAUGGAGCUGGCCUGAACGAGCUCCUCAGGCACUGCGCUGUGACCGUUGUGACCGCUGUGGUCACAGCGAUUCUGGACGACCAAAUGCGACCGUUGCGGCGUAGCGGCUUUGCCUCGCUUGGAUGGGGGCCAUAUCAUCCAGUUUCUGCUUCUACUCUCAACCUGCUCUUGCCACUCCCACCACCGCAUCGGGCUGUGUCGGCUCAACUUUUGUUUGCAAUCGUAACGGCGGCCUGUUGAUUUGGAUUGACCCAGACCUGAGUGACACUGUACCAAGACACUUGAUCUCCGAGCCAUAGCACUGCUGGCGUUCCGUCUCAGCUCGCACUGGCUCUAGCUAGCUCCUGGCCAGCUUUGUAUCCAGCCAGAGCCCACGGUCGGCUCAUGUCAAUACAGCCCCUCCACAAAAAUACG